CAACCGUUGAAGAAAGAGUGAGUCCCUCUCAAAAAAUGUCGACGUUUCUGCAAUCGUUCCUCGAUCCAAAGAAGAACUUCCUCGCUCGUAUGCAUAUGAACACCGUAUCCACACGCCUUCGUAGAUACGGUCUCAGAUACGAUGAUCUAUUCGAUCAGUACGAGGCUAUGGACAUUAAGGAAGCUCUGAACAGAUUGCCCAGGGAGGUCGUUGACGCUCGUAACCAGCGUCUCAAACGUGCGAUGGAUCUCUCCAUGAAGCACGAGUACCUUCCCGAGGAUCUUCAGGCGAAGCAGACCCCAUUCCGUGGCUAUCUUAAGGAGAUGCUGGCUCUCGUUGAAAGAGAAAGAAAGGAACGUGAAGCCUUGGGAGCUCUACCACUCUACCAGCGCACAUUCCCUUAAGCAUAUUUUUCCUUAUUUUCUGAUCAACUCUACUUCUCUGCAUAAAGCUCCUCUCCAGAUGGAUUAAAUUUUGGUAUUUUUGGAAAUCACAUUCCGAACAGAGCUAUUUUCUUCCUGAAAAGGCAUAAGUCUUGUGAUUCUUUUCUAAAUGGGAUGUUGCUUAUUACAUUUUUCAGUUUUGCUAGCAUGAAUAAAAUCGACGACACAACACGGGGUCUGGUUUAAUGAUUCUCAUUUUCUUACAUUCCUUUGGUGUUUUAUUUAUAUGAUUGUUUCCAAGUUUAAUGCAAUCAGACGUAAAUGCCAUGAUUCUAUAUGUAAAUUUGGAUAAGCCAUGUUGAAAAUAACCUAUGGUUUCAAG